AUGACCCUCUCCCUUACCAUCAAUGACAAGACGGUCGAAGUGCUCGACGGCGCCACGGUGCUGGACGCCGUUAAUGCCUCGCAGACCUACCUCUCCCAGCUGUGUAAAGACCCCGAUAUGAAGGCCAUCGGGGCCUGCCGCACCUGCCUGGUGCAGAUAGAGGGCACGCGCGGUUUUCCUGCAUCGUGCUCAGUGCCGGCCCGUGACGGAAUGGUGGUCCGCACCGACACUGCAGACGUUGAGCGCAUACGGUCCGGUGUCUUGGAACUUACACUGGCAAUGUUGUCCUCCGACGCUCCGGCCCAGUCUGCGGUGGCGUCAGCCAUUCGGGGCGAAGGCGAGUACGGGCAAUUGACCCGCGCCGCCCAGCACUACGGCAUAAGCGGCUCAAGGUGGCAAUCUCGUGAAAGGCAGGAAACGGAUACCAGCAACCCGGUAUUCAGCAUCGGGAUGGAGGCGUGCAUCCUCUGUGCCCGCUGUGUAAAUGCCUGCCAGGAAGAGCACCAGUUUAUCGGCGCCAUAGACUUUCUGGGUGCGGGCAAUACAGGACGCAUUGGCGCCUUCAUGGAUAAACCCCUGUUGGAGUCCAUCUGCACUACCUGCGGGCAAUGUCUGUCUGUCUGUCCCACGGGGGCCAUCCAGGCCAAGACUACCAUCUCUCAGUCCGUGGCCGUUGACCCUCACUCCCUGGCCCUCUCCCGCGAGGAGAGGGGAGAAGAAUCGGGGGUGAAUCUCAAGAAAAGCGUCUCCACUACCUGCCCCUACUGCGGCGUCGGCUGUGGGAUUAGGGUACAGGUCAGCGAUGACGACGAAAUCGUGGCAGUGGAGGAUGACCCUGACAACCGUUCCAGCGAGGGGAUGCUGUGCGUCAAGGGACGGUUCGGCACCUCCUUCGUCCACCAUCCCGACCGCCUGACCACGCCGCUGAUUAAGGAAAAUGGGGAGUUUCGCGAGGCAAGUUGGGACGAAGCCCUGGAUUUGAUUGCCGACAAGCUGGUCAACUACCGCGACGACAACUUCGGCACCCUCUGUUCGGCCAAGGCCAGCAACGAGGACGGGUACAUCCAGCAGAAGUUUGCCCGCCUGAUAAUGCAGACCAACAACAUCGACCACUGCACCCGCCUUUGCCACUCGCCGUCGGUGGAGGCCAUGCUGGCCAGCCUGGGAAGUGGGGCCACCAGCAACUCCUACACCGACUACGAGAAUGCCGGCUGUCUGUUUGUCAUUGGCUGUGACCCCACUUCCAACCACCCGGUGGCCGCGUCGCGCAUGCGGCGGGCCGUGGUGGAACACGGUGCCAAGCUGAUCGUCGUCAAUCCUCGCCGCAUCGAUAUGUGCGACUACGCCGACCUUUGGUUGCGGCCCUAUCCCGGCACUGACGUGGCGCUGCUGAACGGCAUCGCCAAGGUUGUGCUGGAUGAGGGCCUGGUGGACGAAAAGUUCGUUGCCAACCGCACCGAGGGAUUUGAGGAAUGGGAGCGGGUCAUCCACAACUAUCGACCGGAACGGGUGGAGGAGAUAACCGGAGUGUCCGCCAAUGACCUGCGGAGGGCAGCCCGGAUGUAUGCCAGGCCGCCAAUUCCCGACAAGGUUCCUUUUGCCGCUGCAUCCCCGACCUCGGUCUCCCCUCUCCCUCAGGGACAAGGGACGGGGGUGAGGGGCUACGCCGGUUCCUGCCUCAUUUGGGGUAUGGGCAUUACCCAGCACACUAACGGCACUCCCAACGCCCACGGGCUGCUGAACCUGGCGCUGGUAACGGGGCAACUCGGAUUUCCGGGGAGCGGGGUGUCACCCCUGCGGGGGCAGAACAACGUCCAGGGCUGUGGCGACGCCGGCUGUAUUCCCGACAACAUGCCCGGAUACCAGGGCUACCGGCCCGAGGCAAUGGACAAGUUCGAGGAAGCUUGGGGAGGCCAGCCUUUGCCCGGAAUCAGGGGCCUGGUUAUCACCCAGAUUGUGCAGUCCAUCGGUGAGGACUUCGGCGUUAAGGCCAUGUACAUCACCGGCGAGAAUCCGCUGCUUAGCGAGCCCGACCUGAACGAAGCCGCCGAAAAAAUUGCCGAUGUGGUGCUGCCGGCCACCAGCUUCGCCGAGAAGGACGGGACCUUCACCAACAGUGAGCGUCGGGUGCAGCGCAUCCGCAAGGCGGUUGAGCCGCGGGGACAGAGCCGGCCGGACUGGGAAAUUAUCUGCGACCUGGGCCGCCGCAUGUGCCGCAAGCUGGGACUGCCCCUGGAAGACCAGUUUACCUACCGCCACCCGUCGGAGAUUUUCGACGAGAUGGCCCGUCUGACGCCCAUAAUGUCUGGCAUCAGCUACGAUCGCCUGGACAAAGAGGGUGGCAUCCAGUGGCCCUGUCCCACGCCGGAUCAUCCGGGUACUCCCUACCUGUAUGCCGAUUCGUUCCCUCGCGGCCCAAGGGCCAUGUUCCUGGGGUACGAGCAGGGACCGUUGUCCGACGAAAGGCCCAACCGCCGGUAUCCGCUGAUUCUGAACACAGGCCGCAUUCUCUACCACUGGCACGGCGGCACCAUUACGCGACGGGUGCCGGGCCUGCUGGCCCGCUCGCCCGAACUGGAAGUGUCGAUAAAUCCCGCCGACGGCGAGAAAUUCGGCAUCACCGACGGUCAGGAAAUUCGUGUGACCUCCCGUAGGGGUGAGCUUACCGGCAAAGCUCUGUACACUGACCGGAUGCGUGCCGGCGAGAUAUUCAUUCCCUUCGUGAAACUGUCGGAAUCGGCGGCCAACUUCCUGACCAACUCGGCCUUUGACCCGGACACCAUGAUUCCGGAAUACAAGGUCUGCGCGGUGCGGGUGGAGUCGGCGGAGUAA